CUGACAGUAUCGCUACGCUCAUGAUAUUCGCAGAAGAUAUGUCUCCACCUAAGAAUGGCAGAGGAUGUUGGACAUGCAAAGAGCGGAAAGUUGCCUGCGAUAGGCAAUCCCCUCGAUGCAGAGCAUGUGUCAGCUCAGGCCGAAUUUGCAAGGGAUAUGGCGUACGACUUUCAUGGCCACAUAAGAACGAUAGGAAACGGGCAAUGGUCGCUGCGUCACGGACGCGCUCCGACGUGGCUUUAUUGUCAAGUUCGGAACUGGUCAAUGUCUUUUCUUCGGACAUAGAACGGCUGUCAAAGAUUUAUGGCAGAACAAAAUCAAGAAGAUGGGCAGAAGCUACAGCUUUUACAGAUCCAUUUCUCGCACGAAACCCAAGCUGGACGCCAACCACCCUGGUGGAUGUAGAAGCGGACCUCUUUUCCUAUUAUCACAACAUCGUUUCAGCGGUGCUCACCUCUAUGAAUGACCCGCUCAUGCGGAAUCUGGUUCUCCGCAUGUGUUUUAGCGAUGGUACAUCUGCUGCUACUGCCAUCAUUUAUAGCAUCUGCGCAUUGGCCAGUAUGCAUCGCAGAGACUGUCUCAAUGCUCAAAUCUACAGACACAAGGCUAUUAAAGCUGUUAGUAUAUCGGCAUCGCAGUCGAUCGUUUCGACAAUGGAUACGCUUCGACAUCUAGUCGCGAUGAAUCUUAUGGUUUUAUUCGAAACGCUAGCGAGUUAUGACUCCCGUCGGGAAUGGGGCUAUAAUAUCUGCUACGUCAAAAAUACUUCCAUUGCAAGAUACGCUACCGAUCAAAUGCAUACGGGCGACUCUGCUUUGGUACUUCACUGGGUUUACUACUUCGACGUGAUAUCGAAGUUCAGUGUUAAACACCAAAUGCACAGUCCACAGAGCUCGAUAGAGUGUGCAAAACAAUUCCAGCUCACGGAAGCUGCAAUGAACUCUACAGAUGACACAAGCAUCGUACCUACUCUAGGAUGUUCGCUUGAGGUCUGGCACGCAAUCUCCACCUUGAUGCACAUAUUGCUCAACAGUAUGGACGACGACGAAGGCCCUCCUCCAGAAGCUCUCAGUAAGGUAGAGCGAAGACUCAAAUACGCAAAACAAGUUAUCAAAGUCGAAGAGUUGGACAAAAUCCAACAAACCCUCGACAUUGCCGAACUCUGGCGCCUUGCAGGACUCAUCUAUCUCCACCGCGCCGGCUACAAUGCCACCACUGCUAGUGCCUCCUUGCAAGCACUAACGGAGAGCGCUUCUGCGGUUCUUACUAGAUUGUACACAUGCGAGAGGACCUUCCCGCUAUUCAUUGUCGCGUGCGAGGCUCGCACAGAUGUCCAGCGAGCCACGGUGCUGUCAUUGAUCGAUGUUACGCGCUCCUUUUACACCCCGACGAAUAUCACGCGUGUUCAUCGGUUCAUCGAGCGGUUUUGGGCUCUAGAUGAUCUUGAUGUUGGACAGGAAACUACUUAUUCAGAGAAACUGACGGCGGUGAUGAGUACUGGAUAUGCACUCCCGGCAUUUGUCUGAUGUUUGUUUGUAUACUUGAUGUAACAUUAUGUUCGAGCUGAUGCAUUGGUGAACAACUAAGAUUGUUUUAGUUUUCCGUUAUUUCCAUAUGCCGUUGCAAUAUCCGCGGACAGGGAGAUGCACUGCAAUACUACUGUGCGAAAUGAUGAAAUCAUUGUUAUACACACAGCGUGUUCUAUAACUUUCCCUCCCACAAGGGCGACUCUCACAAAUCAAGAAUCCCCCUGUUCAAGAGCAAAACUCGAAACCUCUCUUCACAGAUACCGUUCGAAAGUGACAAAUCAUGUAUUACUCAACCUCGAAGAACCGCCUAGAAAACCCCUGCCUCACGAUUUCCAAUUUCAAAGUAGUUCGAUUAGCAAUUUCGCGAUAUUCAAAGUGCCCAAUGGCAGUAUUUUG